AAUCACAGCAGCAGAUGGAGAGGUUUUAUGGAGCCAUGUCUCUGAGAGGCAGAGGAAGUCAAGGUUGGAGUCUGUGAGAAGAAGAUGUUGAAUUGUAUCACUUUUUGGAAUGGUUUAGCUCUCGGGUCCCAGAUUACUCGCGAGUUAUUGACAUAUUGAAAAAAGUAACAUUUUCUGUGUUUAGGCCGUUUUGAUUAGGGGCAGUUCAGUAGUGCAAUUAACUAUCCCUUCCGCUUGCACUGGAUACGGGGAACUAAGUAAAAACAUGCGUGGGUAUCGCGUAUAGCGACUUGGAUAUGUUUGGAGUGCUAAAUGUAAUCUUGGACCCGGAUGACUCGAGAUAAAUCAUGGGACCAUAGCGCUCACCCACUUCCGCGGUGAUUAGAGGACGCGGCCAUCCACUGCUUUCAACUCCGAGAUGGGUUUUUGGACUCUGUCCAGAAGAGGUUGCAGUGCAGAAGACUGAGAGAGAAACUGGUGACCAUGACUACUAUGAAAAAAGCCAAUGACGCAAGACUACUUGAAAGUACGUGCUCACCGCUGCCCCUAGUGGCCGGUAUUGACGGCAUCUCCCGACGUGGUGGGAACGUUGAAUAUUGCAUUGGAAUUGGAGUGACCUGGUGUGUUUGUGUGUGUGUCAGAGUGGACAUUGGCCUGUUCUCUCAGGAGGUGAGAGAGCUAAUGAACUGUCCCUGGAGACUCAACCUCACACACAGAGAACUACACAGGACAGAGUUGUGGUCAUGCUGUAACGCUUCUGAUAGGCUGAUGGUGACCAGACAGAACACCAAUCAGAACCAGAGUCUGACUUAUGAUGCAGAGAAGUGGAGGAAGAGAAAGGUGGACCAAGCACUAUGGGACAUGUUGCCUCAGACCGUACCCUGGAGUAAAGGUUCAUUGAGUCGUUGUGCCGUGGUGGGAAGUGGAGGAAUCCUGCAGAACAGCAGCUGUGGAGCGGAAAUAGACAAUGCUGACUAUGUCAUCAGGUUUAACCUGGCUCCUAUCAACAAGAGUUAUGACGUGGGAGUAAAGACAGACCUCAUAACGGCCAACCCUUCCCAGAUCAAUAAAAGAUACCCUGACCUCCAACGGAACCCUGGACCACUGAUGGAAGUCAUGUCAGCCUAUGGCCACACCCAUCUGCUUCUCCACGCCUUCUCUUUUGGUUUCGGGACCUCCCCCUGCUUCAAGGUGUACCACGCCCUCCGUAAGGCCUGCACCCAACAGAAAGUGGUGUUCUUUCACCCAGACUACCUGCUUAAGCUGGACAAGUUCUGGCGUCACCGCGGGCAACGAGCCCCACGGCUCUCUACUGGUAUGAUGCUGGCCAGCACUGCUCUGGAGAUCUGUGAACAGGUUCAUCUGUAUGGCUUCUGGCCCUUCCCUCUGGAUCUAUCCAAAAAUACUUUGCCACAUCAUUACUAUGACAACGUUGGUCCAAGUCACUUCAUGCACGCCAUGCCUGAAGAGUUCCUGCUGCUAUUACAACUCCACAGCCAGGGGGCACUACAGCUACAUGUUGGACCCUGUACACCCUAACAAGCAGAUGGUCAGGGGGCCAGAACAUAAUUCUAAUAAUUUGCACAGUGCAAAUUGACCACAACUAAGCCCCAAAAUAGGUUAUAUUUGAAAAUAACAAUCAUUCCAACAAUCAUAACGUGUCUCUUUUUUAAGCUCCAAGAAAUCUCACGCCUGUUGCCGACCCCUGCCUUACACCCUAACCCCUUCAACUAUAACCUAAAUGUCUCUAUUUAUUUGAUUUUUUAGCCUUAUUUUAAUGGUGAGUUGACUGAGAAUACAUUCUCAUUUAAAACAACGACCUGUAACCCCUACACCACUACAACUCCAAAGCCAGGGGGCACUACAGCUACAUGUUGGACCCUGUACACAAGCAUAAGCGACACAAGCGGCUGCCAAGGGGCCCCCGAAACAACAAUAAUAACUGUUGGGGUCUCAACUUACAGUUGAGAGUUAGAAUAGUACAUGUUUUUGUUAGGGCUCUAUUCAAUCCAUGUCCCAGAAAUUCAGAAUUACAGCGUGAUUGAAAUUUAAAUGCAAUGUUCCACAUUAGCGGAGAUUGCAUUUACGGUAAACACUGCAGAUGUUGGCUCAAUAGGAAAUUAGCAAUACAGAUUCAAUAGAAACCUUAGUGUUGCCAGUUAUCUAAACUGGUAGUCAUCAUGGCCUAAUACCGAUCGGGCACGUGCCCUAGGGCCCUGACCUCCAAAGGGCCCCCAUUGACCUUGUUUGUCACUCCAAUAUCAUUAACAUGAAAGUCAUUGCAAAAAAUAUUAUUGCAGGAAAUGUGCUUUAAAACUGCAAAAAAAUGUUCUCUACCCUAUGGCAAAAUUGGUAAAAUUCCAGGACAUUAGCUUUAAAAUGGCAAGAAUUUAUCUCCGCCCCAUGACAAAAUGUGUAGAACUACAAAAAACUUGCAGGGGCCCCCCAACCAAAUCUUGCUUAGGGCUGGCCCUGCCUGUACACCCUAACCCCUUCACCAUAACUCCUACACCCUAACCCCUUCACCAUAACUCCUACACCCUAACCCCUUCACCAUAACUCCUACACCCUAACCCCUUCACCAUAACUCCUACACCCUAACCCCUUCAACAUAACUCCUACACCCUAACCCCUUCACCCUGACUCCUACACCCUAACCCCUUCACGAUAACUCCUACACCCUAACUCCUACACCCUAACUCCUACACCCUAACUCCUACACCCUAACUCCUACACCCUAACUCCUACACCCUAACUCCUACACCCUAACUCCUACACCCUAACUCCUACACCCUAACUCCUACACCCUAACUCCUUCACCCUGACUCCUUCACCCUGACUCCUUCACCCUGACUCCUACACCCUGACUCCUACACCCUAACCCCUUCACGAUAACUCCUACACCCUAACCCCUACACCCUAACUCCUUCACCCUAACCCCUUCACCCUAACCCCUUCACCCUAACCCCUUCACCCUAACCCCUUCACCCUAACCCCUUCACCCUAACCCCUUCACCCUAACCCCUUCACCCUAACCCCUUCACCCUAACCCCUACACCCUAACCCCUACACCCUAACUCCUACACCCUAACUCCUACACCC